AUGGCACACAGAGUCAGCGGCGACGACGACCUGAGGGAGCGCCUCUACGAGCGGCGGCUUCGCAGCUUCAUGAGUCAGCGCGGGCUCCAGCGGAGCGAGGCUCAGCGGCGCGUUGUUCAUCUGGAGUUGGCGCUCUUCCAAGGUCCUGGACGGGACCGAGGCGGAUCCGUGCGAGGACGCCUCGAGCCUGCUCCACACCAUCAGGGCUGCCGGCCCGCUGGGCAGCCAGCAGUGCCAGCCAAGCCAGGCUGUAGCGACGGGAUCGAGUCUGAUCAGGCCUGCAACGGUCCGCCGCUCGUCGCAGGCGAGGCCGAGGGACAGCAGGAGAAGGAGCGGCCGCCAGCUUGGCUGCGGGACGCGACUGCUGCCAUCGACAACAGCCUUCCGUCACCGGCUCCGGAGGUUGUCGCCGCCCUCGAGGAGAGGCUCGCAGAGGCGGAGCGGCAGGCGUCGCAGGCUCGCUCCCGCAUGGCGCAGCAGCGGCAGCUUCUCGAGCGGCAGCGCGCGGCGCACGCGGAUCAGGUCGACGCUCUCGCCACCGCCGCCGAAGCGCGCGAAGUGGAGCAUCGGCGAGAGCUUCGGCGGGCAGAGGCGGCACUCGAGGAGCAGCAACAGCAAGAGAGGCAGGUGGUCGCCGUGCUCCGCUCGCAGAUCGAGGCGGCGCACGAGUGGCAUGCACGGCUGGCGGAGGCGCAGACAGAGGAGGCGGCGCGGCUGGCGGCCGCAUCGGAGACGGAAGGGGAGGAGCUCAGGGUGGAGCUGCUGCGGGAAGAGCUGGCCACAAUCGAGCGUGAGCGCUCGACGAGUGAGGCGGCGGCGCGGGAGGGGAAGCGGCAUCACGAGGCGGCGGAGGACGAGGCAGAGGCGCGAGCCGCGGCGGCCGAAGCCGCGGCGAGUCGGGAGGCGCUUGCUGUCCCCGCGCUGCGGCAAGCCGCUGCCGUCGCGACGAGGCGGCUCGAAAGCGACAACAUCUCGCUGAGCAACAACGCCGUCAACCAGUUGGCCUCGAUGGCUAAGGAGGCCGUCAACCAGUUGGCCUUGAUGGCUAAGGAGGCGGGCGCUGUGGCGACCUCGUUGGGUAGUGAAUUGGCCUCGGUGGCUAAGGUAGCGAUCGACGCCAACCGCGAGAUUGGCGCCAACCGCGAGACUUACAAAGACCUCGAGCAGAUCCUGGACCUCGAGGUGACGUUCGAGGCGGAGCAGUCCGGCCGGCAAGCACUCGCGGAGGAGCACGCAUUCGCAGUCCACAGGCAACUCCGCGAGGCGCGGUCCGGCUGGGCCCUUGCCAAGAUGCAGCUCGUGCUGGGCGCCACAGCGUGCGCGCGCAAGCAAUCCGCCUUGGCCCGCUGGGCGCGCAGAGCCUGCGGCCUAAAGGCAGGCGACGCAGCUGUUUGA